CUAGGAGAAACACACACAAAUUCUCUUAGUUAUUGUGAAUUUAGGAUGCAUAAGCAAGAUAUAUAGCAUUCAAACUUUUGGUUUCAGUUGCAAUUUGCAAGAAUCGCUAACCAAUUGUUGAGCAGAGAGAAGGAGAAUGGGUUGGGUCGCAGACACUGUUGACUCUGUGAAGUCCAUUCAAUUCAGACAAGCUCUGACCCAGGUCGUCACUCUUGGGUUGAUUGUAACAUCGGCGCUCGUAAUAUGGAAAGGGUUAAUGUGCAUUACCGGUAGUGAGUCACCCGUCGUCGUUGUUCUUUCUGGAAGCAUGGAACCUGGUUUCAGACGAGGUGACAUUUUGUUUUUGCACAUGAGCCAGGAUCCCAUUCGUGCAGGAGACAUUGUGGUGUUCAAUAUAGAUGGACGUGAUAUUCCAAUUGUUCACCGUGUGAUUAAGGUUCAUGAACGUCAAGAUACUGAAGAAAUGUAUAUCCUCACUAAAGGAGACAAUAAUCCUAUGGAUGACAGAGUUUUGUACAACCAUGGUCAGCAUUGGUUGCAGCAACACCAUAUUAUGGGAAGAGCUGUCGGGUUCUUACCCUAUGUUGGUUGGGCUACAAUAAUCAUGACUGAAAAGCCUAUUCUUAAGUAUAUACUCGUAGGGGCAUUGGGACUGCUGGUUUUAACAUCAAAGGAAUAGGGAUGCGAUUCUUGAUACAUGACUUAUUUGCGCAAACACACAAGUAUUGAAACGACUUUGCUCUUUCAUUGGUGUAAAUAAAUAUAUACAUACCUCAAAGUUAUACAUACUAUUAUAGAUUAAAUAAUUUAGACAUUCUCUUCCUUGCCUCCCUUUUGGAAUGAAACUGGUUCAGUCUAUAAUACAAUUUUGAAAUACUUGAAAAAGACAAAUGAGCCGUUUCGUUUGAUGGCACUGGCCAAGGAUUAGGGAUAGUUAAAUUGCGCUCUUUCCC